UUUACUUAUUUUACAUAAAUUUAUUUGUCAGCAAAACAGAGAAAUACAUUUAAUAAGAAUUGGCAGUAAAGAAAUUGAACACAAUUCACAAAUAAGGCCCAAAAUAGCGAUAAUAACAGGAAGGAUACAUCCAUCGGAAACAGCCAGCUCAUACAUAUGCGAGGGAAUAAUUAAUUUGCUUUUGAGUGAACAUCCAGUGGCCACAUGUUUGCGCCGAUUCACCACUUUCUAUAUAAUACCGAUCCUUAAUCCCGACGGUGUGUUUGUCGGCAAUACGAGAACAUCAGUAAUUGGUAGUGACCUGAAUGAGAGCUGGCAAAUGGCAUCACCGCUAAUGCAUCCAGAAUUAGUGGCCGUAAAACAGGCGGUCUAUGGCAUCGCAAACACAUUUAGGGAUGAAGUGGACGUUUACAUCGAUCUUCACGCACAUACAUGUCUGUUGGGCGCCUGUAUUUACGGGGUUUGUAGGGAUGAUGUCUUCCAUAUGGAAAGACACGCUUUGUUUCCAAAAUUAUUGAGUAUAAUAGCGGAUGACUUCUAUAUCGAUAACACUGUUUAUUGCAAACAAACCCAUCGCUCCGGCAGUUCUCGGAGAUAAAUUGCUGGGCGAGAGUGUAGUGAUUGCCCUUUUGGACAGUUAUCGGAUCAUUGGCCACAUUUCCAUAUGCGAUAUCCCAUCAGAAGCUCAACAUUUGUUAUCGCUUUCUAGUGACGGAACGUUAGCCCAAACCGAUGACUACAGUGACUACAAACUUAAGGAUCCCAUCACUAAAUCCUCGACAAAGUCUAUUCAACCAAAUUCUCAGAUGAAGUUUGACAUGAAUCUGGCCCUCACGGCCCUGCAAUGGGUCCGUGCCAUCACCAAACUGCCCCUCGACGCCCCCAAUCCAGACAUGGGAUUUCAGGAUCACUUCGAUUUCGCAGAUUGUCUUAAGGAUGGCAUCGCCCUCUGCUCUCUCAUAAAUAUUCUGAGACCGGGAUCUGUGGCUAAGAUCAAUGAGACGAAAGCGCCGUUCAAACAGAGGGAAAACUUAGAGAUGUUUCUCAAGGGCUGCGAAGAGUAUGGACUCAAAAGUCAUGAUCUCUUUCAAGUUAAUGACUUAUAUGAGCGAAAGAAUCUCUAUAUGGUGGUCAACUGUUUGUUUGCGUUGGGAGGACUGGCACAGAAAAAGCGAUUCAUAGGACCAGUGAUUGGAGUGAAAGUCGCCGAACAGAACAGAAGGAGUUUUAGCAAAGAUAUCCUCAAUAAGAGUCAAUCAGUAAUUGGCUUACAGGCCGGUAAUAAUAAAGGCGCCACUCAGGCAGGAAUGACCCCCUACGGGGCCCCCCGACAAAUCAUGCCCGACACCCGAUGAAUCAAAUACAUACAUACAUACUGUAUAUCGAUUGAAUACAAUGCAAUUUCAUCCAUUAGUUCAACAAUUCUUGCAUUUCAAUUCAAGCAAUAAUCAUAUAAUACAAUGUCUUCAGCGCUUAGAACAUACAGUAAUGUAUGAUUUGGUAGGCAUUAAAGCAUACAAAUCACUAUUAUUUAUAUCAUUUCGUAAGCAG